UCGGAAACCCGGUGUCUUUCCUUUUCCUGAUCAGCUGGGCAAGUCAAAGUGGGGUUUAAUCCUGAAAGUAGAUUGAUAAGGUGCUCGUCGUUUCAUACUAUGUCCACUAAUAACAUGGCAGACCCACGGCGACAGAAUAAGAUUUUUCGCUACAAAGCCCCCAGCACAGAGUCGAACCCAACCAUGGAGGACCCUACACCUGACUACAUGAACCUGCUCGGCAUGAUCUUUAGCAUGUGUGGCCUGAUGCUCAAGCUGAAGUGGUGUGCGUGGAUUGCAGUGUACUGUUCAUUCAUCAGCUUUGCCAACUCGCGUAGCUCGGAAGACACCAAACAGAUGAUGAGCAGUUUCAUGUUGUCCAUCUCAGCCGUAGUAAUGUCAUACCUGCAGAACCCACAGCCCAUGUCUCCGCCCUGGUAGUCCUGGCUCCAGUCUCGACGCCAGCCUGGGCCUCUACAGCGACCACCAGACUACAGAGAGGCGCAGGGACGGCCUUCCUGAGAACCAGGAAGCAGAGCAAGAUGGACCACUGACCCUCUGGGUCACGCUAAUACAGAAGGUCAGAGUGGACUGGAGGGAGUGAGGACCGAGGUCUCCCAGUGACCGUUCCUCGCCAUGGUUGGCUACACACAAUGGACUGCUCUGCUUCAUUUGCAACAUUCAUUUUGAUUUAUUACACUCGCACGUCACGCUAUAUGAAAUAAAAAGCGUUUUUUAACGUCAACUCCA